AAGGUCACUAUGAUGGGCAACAUUUGGAGUUGAGGGUGGAAAUUAAUUUUGUAGUAGAACUUGAGAAGUUGGUCUUCUUCUUUUCCUUAAAGUAUGUCGGGUAAUACAGAUUUGGAUGAAUGCCUACAAGCAGCUCUGAAUAUAGCCAGAAAAGCUGGGAAGAUUGCUCGAGAGGCCUCCUUCUCGAUUAUGAAGGUGGAGACAAAGGCAUCGUCCGCAGACUUGGUCACCGAGACUGACAAGCAAGUGGAGGAGCUCAUUCUGUCGGAGCUGAAGCAAAAGUUCCCCUCACACAAGUUUAUUGGUGAGGAGUGCACAGCUGCAGGGGAGGACUGCCAGCUGACCAACGACCCCACCUGGAUGGUGGACCCCAUUGAUGGUACCUCCAACUUCGUACACGGAAUCCCAUUUUCAGCCGUGUCUAUUGGACUGGCUGUAGACAAGACUCCGGUGGUGGGUGUGGUCUACAACUUCUCUCUAGAUCAGAUGUUUGCGGCCAGGAAAGGGGGAGGGGCCACAAUGAACGGUGCUCCAAUACACGUCUCUAAAUGCACAGAGUUGACGGAGUCUCUCUUGUUGAGUGAGUUUGGCUCCAACCGACCACCAGAGUUGCUCAAGCCCAAGGUGGACUGUCUCUAUGAGCUAGCCGUAGAGCCGAGGCCUGUGCAUGGUAUUCGGAUGGUAGGGUCAGCAGCACUGUCCAUGUGUAUGGUGGCUAGUGGGAGCGCUGAUGCUUACUUUGAGUACGGUAUCCACUGUUGGGAUAUUGCAGCUGGUGAUGUCAUCGUGAGGGAGGCGGGCGGAGUCACCAUGUUCCCUACAGGUGAUCCACUGGACGUGAUGAGGAGGGGGGUGCUCUGUGCAGGGACACAAGAACUGGCCGCUAAACUAGCACCACACAUCCCCAAGCUGGAGUACGAGAGAGACUGAGUAUAUAAAAAUCAUGGACUCUUAGUUAAUUUUUGUGGGAUUUUUUAAUCUAUGAUGAUGAUGAUAAUGGCAAAGAA